AUGUCGUUUAUGGGUGGCGCUGAAUGUUCGACAUCUGGGAACCCGCUUAGCCAGCUUCACAAGCAUACUCAGAAUGACAGAACCCUUCAGCAAGACCGCCUCGUCGGUCGGGGUCCUGGUGGACAACUCAAUGGUUUCCGCAGUCAAAGCGCGAAUGCGCCUCAAGACGAGAUGAUGAAUGGCUUUCUCAACCAGGGCCCGAGCCUUCAACAAGAAUUCCCUAUGCAGCCGGGCCAGAUGGGCCCUCUCAACCCAGCCCAAUCCCAUAUGCGAGCUAACUCUGCGUCGCCAACAUGGGCGCAUGACUUCAAUGGCCAGCCAGCAAUGGAAUCAGCUUUCCAACCGCCCGCUGGCGCGCAGUCACACUUUAACGCUGACGAGUUUGCCCGUUUCCAGCAGCUUAACACACAAGGUUCCUCUGCCAGAGCAAGCCCGAUGCAAAGCAACGCCCCUAAUCAGAUGAACCAACAACGACCUAUGAUGGGCGGUAUGAUGAACCGAUCGAUGGGUAUGGGCUAUAGCCCCAUGUUCCAACCCAUGUACCAAAACCAGCAGCCCAUGCAUCAACACCAACCACAGCAGCAGGACGCCAAGGGCAAGGGCCGGCUCGUGGAACUCGACGACCAUAAGUGGGAGGAGCAGUUCGCCUCGAUGGAACUCCAAGACAAUACUAAGGAACAAGAAGAGGCGAAUGUCGCAGAGCGCGAGCUUAACGAGAUGGAUAAGGGCUUAACAUCUGAGAUCAACGAGUAUGGUGACUUUGAAUCUAUCUGGAAAGGAAUACAAGCUGAGACCGCUCCUAGACAAGACUUUGACCAGUUCGACAGCGAAUGGAACAACAACAUGAUGCCCGACUUCGAGGGUAUGGGCGACUGGGGCCGCCUCGGCGAUCCAGCUGUCGAAACAUAUCUGUUUGAACAGGAUAACUUCUUCCGCGACGAAAAGAACGCUUUUGAGGAGGGUGUGCGCAUUAUGAGGGAGGGCGGGAACCUUUCCCUCGCUGCUUUGGCUUUCGAGUCUGCCGUUCAACAGAACCCCGAUCAUACCGAGGCAUGGGUUUACUUGGGAACGGCCCAAGCACAGAACGAGAAGGAGACGGCGGCUAUCCGGGCUCUUGAGCAAGCGCUCAAACAGGACCCUAACAACCUAGCAGCGUUGAUGGGCUUGGCUGUAUCAUAUACCAACGAAGGUUACGACAGCACCGCAUAUCGAACCCUCGAACGAUGGUUGUCGGUCAAGUAUCCUAAUAUUCUCGACCCCAAGGACCUGCACCCUCCUGCAGAAAUGGGUUUUACAGACCGUCAACAGCUGCAUGACAAGGUUACAAAUCUCUUCAUCAAGGCCGCACAGCUGAGCCCUGACGGUGAGCAUAUGGAUCCUGACGUGCAAGUUGGUCUUGGAGUUCUUUUCUACGGCGCAGAGGACUACGAUAAGGCAGUUGACUGCUUCCAGUCAGCCCUACAUUCAUCGGAGGUUGGUACCUCCAACCAGCAAGAGCAGCUGCAUCUCCUCUGGAACCGCCUUGGCGCUACCCUCGCCAACAGUGGACGUUCCGAGGAGGCCAUUGCGGCAUACCAAGAGGCGCUCGCCAUGGCCCCCAACUUUGUACGUGCUCGUUACAACUUGGGUGUCAGCUGCAUCAACAUCCACUGCCACCAUGAAGCUGCCUGCCACUUCCUAGCCGCCCUGGAGAUGCACAAGGCCAUCGAGAAGUCCGGUCGGAGCAAAGCAUACGAGAUUCUUGGCGAUAACGCUUCUGGGGUCGAUGAGACACUUGACCGUAUGUCAGCGCAGAACAGAAGCAGCACCCUAUACGACACCCUGAGGCGUGUCUUUACACAGAUGGGUCGGCGGGAUCUGGCGGAAAAGACCGUUGCGGGUGUAGAUCCAGACGUGUUCAGACCAGAGUUUGAGUUUUAA